UAUAACAAUGGCUUCACCACCAACCUGUUUGAGAAAACUCUGAAUAACUUUCUCCAAAGUAAAUACCUUCUUAAACAUCCAAUUACCACUGUUGCCAAAGAAACAAUCUAUUUACGUAUUCCAUUUUUAGGUGAGGUUUCCAAGAAAUUAGAAAGGGGUCUAUAUGAAAAACUUACAAAAUAUUAUCCUGAUAAACAUUUUCGUAUUGUGUCUACAAAUAGUCUAUGUAUAGGUAGUUUUUUCCUCUUUAAGGACACUCUGCCAACUGCCUUACGCUCGUCGGCUGUUUAUUGUUUCACUUGUCCCAGCUGCCAGGCUGAGUAUGUGGGUAGCACCUUGCGCUCACUUAUAAACCGAGCCAGCGAGCAUUUAGGCCAGUCUGCCAGAACAGGGCGCCCGCUACACAACGCCCCAUUUUCCGCGAUACGGGACCACUGCCUCUCAUGUGUGGCGUGUGCUGCUGCUGCUGCUGCUGGUCUGUACAGGGGGCGUCAGGGGGCUGACAGGGAUAAGACUGCAGACCAAUGGUACUGCCACAUCAGAAAGUCUUCUCCACUCAGGCGCCACUGUCAUCCCUACCCUCGCUCAGGUGAGCUUGUGUUUGCACGUGCGUCCCCUUCACCUGACCCGCACCAUGCCCCUCGUCAGCUACAAGCUGAAGGCCUCGCCAAAGGAGCUGUACCUGGGGCUGGAGGGCACGGCGGGUCGGCUAGCGUUUGAGUGUUGCGGCGGCAGCGUCAAGGCACGCCUCAAGGUGCCGCUCAGACUCUAUGAGUGGCAGCCGUUGUGUCUCGUCCUGCAUCUCCUCGCACGUAACCUUACAUUCGUCUACGAUACGCUAAUCGAACAGGUGGGCUUGGAGGUGGACAUAUCCAAACUCGGGUGGCGUCGCUUGGAAGUGGAAGGCGGCGGGGAGAUGACAGUAGGGCAGAGCGCGAACACUCUGGAAGGGCAAUUUGAUCUCUCACAAAGUCUUCACGCUGAGUUGGCUGACCUGCGCCUCUAUGAUAUUGCUCUCACCACCGCGCAAAUCGAGAGCUUCACUGGCUGCUUCAAGGACGAGCUGCUGCUUCAGACACCCGUGCUGAUGAGCCUCGAGCAAAGGAGCUUCGAGAUGCGAGGACCUACGGAGGAAAUAGAGGUGUCGGUAGCCGAGGUGUGUGGCAAAAGCAAGACAAGCUUCGCUAUGCUGUUCCCGAGGAAGAAGAAUUUUAAGGACGCUGUAUACUGGUGCGAAAAGUUCAGAGGACAAGUUGCCCUGCCCACCAGCGGCCCCGAAAACCAGGACAUUUUCAACAGGUUUGUGCGGUUCAGCAAGUCCUGCCAGGACAUGUGGCAGGGGCUGUACUGGGUGGGCGCCCGCGGAGAUCUGGCCACCGAGCAGUGGUUAACUCUUGGAGACAGGCAGCCCCUCACCUGGCACAACCUGUCCCUGGCCUCAAGUAGUGUCACCGAGCACUACCAGUGUAUCCUGGCAGGCGGCGCUCUCCAUCCUUACGAGUGGUACCACGCACCUUGUUCCGUCAGCACCUGCUCUGUGUGCAACUUCACUGCCUAUCCACUUAUACAUAUGCGGGGACUGUGCAGGUCUUCUCUGUUUGACCGAUCCAUGUAUAUUCAUGAAUAUCUAAACGACCAGCCCAUGUUUGAUGGUGCUGUGCACAGCCGUGUGGCGUGGGUUGACGACGCUUGGGUGAUCGAGAGCCGCCUCUACCCUAACCUGCGGGCACGCAUCCUGGAGAAGGUGGACUAUCCUCUGGGGCUGCACAAGUGGGAAGUGGAGGGUGACAAGUGCCGCCACAAAAAGGUCGAACUUCUGCUGACGGCGUGCAGGAAGAACGAGUUCACGUGCAACGACGGCACCUGCAUCGACUCGUGGCGGCGAUGUGACCUCUCCACAGAUUGUCCAGACGACUCAGACGAGUUGACCUGUGAGGUUGUAAAGACCGCAGAGGGCUACAACCCUUCGCUACCACCGCCGCGCCAGUCCUCCCUCCCCACCGCGCUCUAUCUCUUUAUUAACAUCACCUCCAUCCGCAAGUUUGAUGUGCAGUCUUUUACCCUUGCGGUGGAUACCAUCAUCACCCUACGCUGGAACGAGUCACGCGUCACCUUUCUCAACCUGCAACAGGAUUACCGCCGCAACAAAAUCAAGGACCAGUUUAAGAUAUGGACGCCCAAGCUCGUGGUGAUCGAUGGCACCAACAGCUGGGUACAGGGCAGCACCAGCGACGGCAGCGACCUCUAUGUAGAGCGACUAACCCAGCCUGAAGACGACGACGACUCCUAUCACCAUGAAGAGGACGCCUACAAAGGGUCACACAACAGCCUGGUGUACCAGAUGCACAAGUCUCUCUAUUUCCGGUGUGAUUUGGAUCUGCAAUGGUACCCGUUCGACAGCCAAAGGUGCCGCCUUUACUUCACCGUACAGGAUCUCACCGACUCCUCAGGCAGGCUGGUCAAGGAUGGACUGGGUCUGGAGUUCUCUGGAACACGGCAACUGCUAGAAUACAACUUAGUGGACGAGGCACUUGGGGAUGUAACGGUAAACGAGGUCACCAGCAUGAAGCUAAACCUCAAGUUCAUUAAUCUAUACAAGUACUACGCCAUGAACGCCUUCUUGCCCAGCCUCAUGAUGGUGGUCAUCUCUUACUCAACGCUCUUCUUCCAUAUUGACGACUUUGAGGACAGAAUUAUGGUAUCACUGACAUCGCAACUGGUGCUGGCUGCUUUCUUCAGCCAGGGUAGCCUCACCAUCCCCAAGACCUCCUAUCUCAAGCUUAUUGAUGUGUGGUAUGUCUCUCUCAUCUCCCAGGUUUUCAUCAUCAUCAUUUCACUUGUCUUCAUUGAAAACUUGAGACUGCACAGCUUGAAGGCUCCCAUGGGCAUCACCACUGUGCAUGUGGCUCCAGCAGACUCCCUCAAACAACCCCUAGAUUACAAGACCUCUUUUGGGGCAGACAAGGCCAAUAAAAUGAACACUUUCUUCAUCAUCUUCUAUCCUACUAUUUUUUUCUCAUUUAUUAUAUACUUUACAGUAUCAUGUGUGAAUGGCCUGCGGUCUUAACUUAUACACUUCAGAAAGCUUCCCUUACUUUCUAACUUCUAGGAUUUAUAGAAUAAAUACUUAACACUGCUGGUCAAUGUCUAGAUGCAAGUGGCAACAUUCUCUAGUGUCUUGGUAAUAAAGCCGAGAAGAAAAUGCUACUUACUCAUGAAACUAACCAUGACUGGAUGUACUCAUUAUUAUUCUCCCAUUUUAUAACUACAGUACCUUUCAUUCCAACACUCUUUCUAUAUCUAAGGCACCAGUGCAGCUGUUUUUUUUUUAUAUUAUUAUUAUUAUUGGGGAGGGGUAAAUCUGACUCCUCUAGUCUAUUUGGGCUAGGAUGGUGCCUCCUAACUAAAGACAUUGAAUUUGUUUGGCAUUUGGAAACCAUUACCUGAAAUGGAUGCCCUUCCUGCCCUCAGGCAGUAGCCAGGAUUUGAAACCAUGCACCUGAGGACCUCAUGGCCCCAAUGAGCUAAAGAGAUGUCUAGAUUUAAGAUAAAUAAAUGAU